UUGCCCGUCCCAGCCUUACCAGAAUCACCAAUGGGCAUUAUUAAAAUAUAAUGAGUUGAGAAAGUAGCAUAAUAUAUAAAUUUCUCUGUAUGUACCAAGUAAUCUUUUAAACUGUUUGUUUUUUCAGCUCCAUAACAUUUAAUGUUUUUGAAUUUGUUAAAUGUGAGAAUAAAAUGUCUAUUAUUCCAGGUGUUGCUUAAUGACAAGCUGGGCAGUUGUCUCCCUUGGAUACUACCCAGGGACGUUUUCACAGACACUGUGUCACUCAUUACUGAUGAAACGGAGAAGAAGUUGAUUGAAUCAAGUUACCGUGAUGAUGACACUGUUGAACCUUUCACCUGUAACCUCACCGUGUUCCACUCAAACGAGAGCAAGAAGGGGAAAAGCACACAGACGAAAAUGGCCCAGAUCGAGGCUGUGUGGAAGAAAUAUAUGACAGAGGAAAACCAGCAGAGGUACCUUAAGUCAGGUUUGGAAACGGAGAUAAAUCUAGGCCUCAUAUCCAAGAGAGUUCCACCUGACAAUGUGUUUGUGGUGAUGCGGUCAUUCACAGACGUUACGGGGGUGUCCGAACUUUACAUGGACGUGGUCAACGGGGAGAGAGACCAACACUCUCUGGCAACUAUACAACAUUUGAAGGAACUUAUUGAUAAUAAUGUGCCAAAUUCCAACAUUGUUAAGUUUGAUGUCCAGUGGACGCCUAAUGACCUUGACCCUGCAAAGGUCGCUGAGCAUGCCCAGUACAUACAGAAUUUCUGUGAAACUCUACGAAAGGACCUGACUGGGAAGCUGCAAAGCAUCAUGGAUACACACAGCUCAACCAUCUUACCUCUCAAUAUUCCAGACAAGAUUUACCAAGAGGUGGCAGCCCAUACCUCACUGUGUCAGAACCUCCAGCACAUCUACACACCGUCACUGCCGGUGUUGAGUCGGAUCUCCGCUUACCUCACCAACUCCGAUGAGUUCCCGAUGGUGCUGGUGUGUGAUGCCGAGGUCGACACGCAUGCCCUGACCUCCCAUGUGGUGUCAUUGAUCUCCGACAACAACGCCGCUACCGUGGUACGCUUCCUCGGACUGACGCCGGAGAGCAAGAGCAUCGGAUCUAUGGUGGCAGGGAUAUGCAUCCAGAUGGGACACCUCUACUGUCAACCGGUUGCAUGCUUAGAUCUGCCUAAUUUCCAUGAGUUGAUGCAACAUGCCUGUGAACAGCGCCCUCUGAUCAUAGUGCUAGGGGAGGUAACUGAGGCAGUCAUUGACUGGGUGCCGGAACAGCUGCCGCCUCACGUCAAGGCUGUGGUCUUGACCUCCAACCAUCAAGUCGUUCUGGAGAUGAAGCGUCAGAUGCCAAGAGAUUGUUUUGUUCAAGUGCCAUGCCUAACAACAAAUGCCUCCAAUGAGAUGGUGAAGAAAAUGAUAGCGCUCUCCAGUAUCGAAGAUAGUAAAAUUCCUUCUGUGAUACAUGACCAAUCCCAUACAGUAGUUGCCUCCCUUGGGGUACAACUAUUCUGUGAUUUGUCAAGCCUUUCUGUGAUAUCCGGCGACCAACCCACGAGGACUGAAUUAUCAUUUCAGCAACUUUUUCAGAAGCUGGAGAGCACAUUCAGUCAUAUAAUCGUGUCCAAAUUAAUUUGUUUUCUUUUACUGUCACAGUCAGGAUUGUCAAGUUUUCACAUUGCAGCCAUUUUGUCCCAAGAUGAAGAAAUACUGAAAGCACUGAAGCUCUCAGAUCCAACAACAGUUUUCCACACAUUGUUUUUCAUGUGGCUGGAGAUCAAGACAUGCCUGCAGCCUUUUUUACAUGUUUUUACAUUCAAUGGUGUUUUGCUUCAUGUAUUAUUUAGUACACAUUUACGGACAUUGCUCAUGAGACGAUAUUUAUCAGAAGGCAGUGCAGACAAGGUUCAUCAACAUCUGUGCGCCUUCUAUGAAAGUGUUACCAGUGAUAAUGAAGAGCAAGCUGCCAAGCAUUUGUUCUACUUAAAGAAUUUCAAAAUUUUGAAAUAUUUGGAAUACCCGUACCAGUGUUCACAGUGCAAGAGAGGAAACUUUAACAAUCAGUUUAUAUUCAAUAUGGACUGGCUCAGGGCGAAGAUCGCAGCUACAAGCACUCUUUGUGUUUUGGGAGAUAUGGACGAACAACAGAAGGUAAACUCCGAAGUCAAACUUCUCUACCAAGCUUUAGCACUGUCGGCAGGGGCGCUAGAUAUAUGUCACUCUCAAAUCACCAGUCAGUUCCUGUCUAGGUUAUCGGAGAUACUGGACCAUUCCCAGCACACAAACAUCGGAAAGCUGUUGCAGACAUGCCAAGGUGAGACGGAUGUCCGUUUGGAGGCCAUGUCUACGUGUCUGCUACAUCCCAACUCUCAGAUCCCGCCACCCAUUUCAGAUGAUGAACUCAGCGGUUUGUACUGGGUGCCGGGGCACACGACUUUUAUCAUAAGCUUGUCAUCUAACUCUGACGAGAUAACUGUUUGGGAUAGAAAAACGCAUAAAUUUGUUCGAAAGUUAACAGGAGUUCAUCGACCUCAAGAUUUGAAAAUGGUUGAUUCGUUCCAAGCUGUGGUUCUGUGCAAUCGAGAACUGUUAAUUUAUGACCUUGAUCAAGGAUGCCUGGAAACGAAGCUUCGGGGGGUCCUGAAUCUCAAGCAACCGAUGUUUGGUGUUCGGAAUGACGAAAGCGUGAUCACUUUGUCCCGAAAUAGGAUGUACAUCAAUGUCCUUGACAUUGAGUCAGGUGACACCGUGGCAACGUUCAAAGCGGGCGAGGAUCGUUUUCUCAACAGUCUCUUGAUCAGUAAGAAUGGCAAGAUUCUAGUGUGUGGUGACGAAACACAGAAACCGUCGCCGCUGUUGGUGUGGGAGCUUCAGGAACGGCGUCUGAUCCACGACCUGCGAAUGGCCCAGCAUCAGUUCAUCACCAGCAUCAUGGACAUCACAGACGAUGGCCAUUAUGUUGUGUGUGCAUGUGAGGAGUUGGAAUCGGAGGCGCCAAACUUCCUGGUAGUGUACGAUCUGCUCAGUGGUCAAGUCUUCAAGAUCUGGAAGUGGAAACACAGCUGUACAAGUCUGGCGGUUGUCACGGCAACCAAGUCUGUGGUCAGCAUGCUGGACACAGGGGAUGUAUUGGUGUGGGACCUGGAGUCAGGGAGCGUAAGGUUCCACAUGAAGGGCGUGAAUGCAGUCUGUAACCAAAUCGUCUUGGCGUCUCAGUGCCACCUAUGUCUCACAUGGUACAAAGGGGAGAGCAUUCUGCCUCAUGCCAGAACACUCUGCAUAUGGGAUCUGGAAAUAGGUAGCAUGGUGGCCUGUCUGACUUUAGACGAUAAACCGACGUGUAUCGAGAUCUCCCCUUUCGGUGACUCCAUAAUCCUUGGUCUUCCGAGACAGAAUGACAUCAUCACGUUCAGUUUGACUUCUGUUGAAUCUGAAUCAUCGGAUUCCGGGGAGGAAGAGGCUUGCUACGGAGACCCUACAAACAACGGUGCCAUCAUUCAGGUGUGAUGUGGCAUCCAGGACAAACUAAUGGACCAUUUCCAUCUUUUGUGUCUCAGGAAUUAUAGAAAAGUUCAUGACAGAGAAGUUAUACAAACAUACCAGGUCUUAUGAUUAACAGGGGGGCAGUGGUGGCCCAGUCGUCUAAGGCGCUGCAAUUUGCUUUGCAGAGUUGCGUCCCUUGGGCACACCAGAAACCUAUGAUUGUGGGUUCAAAU